UGACAACAACAAAGUAUUUCUUCAGCAAUACGAAUACAGAGUUCGAAGUUUCGCACGUGUUAUUAAUUAAAUUACUACAAAAUUACUAUUUUAAUGUGUAAAAAAUGGACGCUUACGAUAUAUUCAAGAAGUUGACCGUCGGUUUGACGUUCAAAAAGCGUGUUUUAGGUCUGAAAAGCAAUGAUCAGCCAAAAGCCAAAACGGUGCCAAUAAAAAAAGAAGAAUUAUUAGAUAGCAAAAAAGAAUUAGAAGAUGAUCUAGAAUCGAAUGCAGAUGAUGAUUUGAGUAUAAAAUCUGAAAUAUCUGAUGCUGAAGAGGAAACCCAAGAGUCUGACGAUGAGCUACAGAUAGUUGAGGGGAUAUCUGCUGGACAGAAAAGGAAGAAAAAAGAGAAGAAAGAAAAACCAGAGGAUUUAAAGAAGAAACUAGAACUUGAAGAGCAAAACCGUUUCCGUAAUGAGCAUGGCAUCAAAGUGGUUGGACGGCACGUUCCAGCCGCCCUGCAGAGCUUCGCAGACCUGGUGGAGCGCUACAAUGUGUCGCAAGCCCUGGUGGACACGGUCACUCAGUGCGGGUACAGCGAACCCACGCCUAUACAGAGGCAAGCUCUUCCGUGCAUGCUGGAGGAUCGCCAAAUCUUCGCGUGCGCUCCCACCGGUUCGGGUAAAACCGCCGCGUUCCUGCUUCCAAUCCUGCACACACUGGGGGCCCCUUCGGGGGGCCCUCGGGCGCUCAUCCUGUGUCCCACGAGAGAGCUGGCACAGCAAAUACACCGCGAGGUGCUGCGGCUGAGUGCGGCCACGCAACUGAGAUGCAGCGUCGUUAGGAGCGUCAAAGAGAGCAAAGUUAAAGAGAGAGAAGCCACUAUUAGGAAGAGCGACAUUGUUAUAAGCACUCCUAACCGUUUGUGCUACUUGCUCAACCAGGAUAGUGUCAAUAUCACAUUAGACAAGUAA